GUUUAGACACUGCAAUUUUAGGUGAAUCGUCAUCUACAUCAACUUCUUCACCCAGCAUCCAUUCAGAGUUAUCUGUCGCCCGUUCGCAUCCAUGGCCAACAUCCUUUCCCAUCCCUGUUUUUACUUAUGAUGUGGAGCUGAGGCUAAGACAAGGUAAUGAGGCAUUUCGAAAGGAUGGAACACUUCUGUCAAUUCCCAGAGACAUGAAGAUUGAAAUUCUUGAGAAACUUGCAGAAAAUAUAUACUCAUACAAAGCCUAUCCUGGGAAUGACGAGAUUGAGAGUGUAGCGGCUGCAUUAAUUGAAAAACACCCCUGUCUCAAAGAGCCAAGCUCCACAUCUGGGUGGUAUGGGUGGAAAAUUAGUUUGAAGUUUAAAAUGGGCAACUACAGGCAAAAGCUGAGAGAUGCUGGUUGUCAGGAACUGAAAGUGAAUUGUGAAAGGAGAGGUCUUGGGGAGACCAGAGGAAAGAGAAACAAAGUCAAGAAACCAAGACGAUGUGAAACUAAUUUUCUACCAGAUCUACCUCAGGGCAAAGACCGGGAAAGUCUAGAAAAGGAAAGAGAGCAAAUGGCUGUGGAGAUGACGAAGAGGACUCCAGACAUCACAAUUGUUGAUGCUGCUAUGAGCAGCACGUAUUCUUUGAGAAGACAAGAAGUCGUUGAUGAGGAGCCACCAGUGUCACAAAUGAAAAUCCGAUGGCCAGCAAUUUUCACGGAAAGACAGAUCAGCAAAGAAUUCACCAGGCUUGUGUCAAAGGACCUGAGCAAGUCCUUUUUGGAAGGCUUAGAUGGCCAUCUCUCGAAGCUGAUACAGUUAUUUCGGUCAAAGCGUUAUGAGGACGUUCCAGAAAUGACUUCCAUACUGGAGAGCCUUGAUAAGAAUACAACAAACCAAAGGAUGAGGACUGCAGCAUUGCUUGGCCUGCCGUGGUACAUGCGAGAGAUUCCUUCUAAAUUUAUGAUAUGCGAGGUAUGCGAGCCCAGUGACCGUGAAGAGGAUGUGAUCAAGGGCAUGGUGAUCGGAAUCCUGAGUGACAUACCUAAUGCUUUUCUGAACCUGAUGGGCCUGGUGUACGCAUUAAACCUUGACUACCCAAAGGAAUUAAAAUUCACUUUUGAAGUGAUACAGCGCCUGUUCAUUGGAGUUGGAUCAGAGUCUUGCACCGCAAGAGUUCACUCUUUGAAGAGCAAGUUGCUGAGAUAA